AUGCGGGUCUAUAGGUUCUUCCUCGCCUUUAUCAAAGCUCGUGCUUACGCUCUCAUGCUGCGCGCCAGAAUAGCGACAUGUCUGACUCUCGUCAAGGUAUUCCGAGACUUCUUUCACUACAAAAUAAUGUCACGCGAAUCUGCAGGGUAAGAUUCCUUUCUGUCAAGAAUUCAUGGGAAAUCAACUAACAAUCUAUAUAGAGCGAUACUCUGGAGCAGAAUCUCAUCCCUACGUUUUUCGAGACCCAGAACUUGGCUCCAAAAUGCCUGGCUUGGCUCCGACACAUAUUAUUUAUCCGCCUCUGGAAAGCAACCAAACAGCUUGUUGCAAAUUCUAAAGGUGGACCUAUGGAAGCACCUCUACCUUUGGUACCAUAAGCGGGACCCGAUUGUUCUUUUCAAUGUUGGUGUAAGUAUUGGAGCUGGACUUGGACUUGGAUUUGCAGGAAUCAUGCGCAAACGAUCUGGAAAGAUGAAUAGUAAAGAUAGAACCUAA